CCAUCUUGUGGUGACGGUUUCUCUUGCAUUGUUCCAGGCCGGAGCGGUGAGAGGCAGCGGAGUGCGGCACGUAGCGGUCAGACAGAACGACAGACAGCUGUGCGCGCCCUGCUUCAUUCUUGCUCCCGUCUCUUCACCGGUCUUGUUCGGACAACCCGCAAGACUUACUUUCCCGCCGGGUCCCUUAGGACAGAGAGGGACCCGGAGCCAUGGAGGACGAGAUGCCCAAGACCCUGUAUGUGGGGAACCUGUCUAGGGAUGUUACAGAAGCUCUUAUUCUUCAAGUCUUCAGCCAGAUUGGUCCGUGCAAAAGCUGCAAGAUGAUUAUGGAUACUGCUGGCAACGACCCGUACUGUUUUGUGGAGUUCUUUGAACAUCGCCAUGCUGCUGCAUCCCUCGCUGCUAUGAACGGUCGCAAGAUAAUGGGCAAGGAAGUGAAGGUCAACUGGGCAACCACCCCUAGCAGCCAGAAGAAAGACGCAAACAGUAGUUCCGUUGUCAGCACACUGCGUUCUCAAGAUCAUUUCCAUGUUUUUGUUGGUGAUUUGAGUCCAGAGAUAACAACCGAUGACAUAAAAGCUGCAUUUGGACCUUUUGGGAGAAUAUCGGAUGCUCGGGUAGUCAAGGACAUGACGACAGGAAAAUCUAAAGGCUAUGGCUUUGUGUCCUUCUUCAAUAAAUGGGAUGCAGAAAACGCCAUUGCACAGAUGGGAGGGCAGUGGCUCGGAGGUCGACAGAUCAGAACUAACUGGGCCACAAGAAAACCACCAGCUCCAAAAAGCACCUAUGAAUCCAAUACAAAGCAGUUGUCAUAUGAAGAAGUGGUGAACCAGUCCAGCCCCAGCAACUGCACCGUGUACUGUGGAGGCGUUACAUCCGGGCUAACAGAACAACUCAUGCGUCAGACCUUCUCUCCUUUUGGCCAAAUAAUGGAAGUUCGUGUCUUCCCAGAUAAAGGGUACUCGUUUGUAAGGUUCAAUGCUCAUGAAAGUGCUGCUCAUGCCAUAGUCAGUGUGAAUGGCACUACUAUUGAAGGUCACGUGGUAAAAUGUUACUGGGGCAAAGAGACACCGGACAUGCUUAAUACUGUGCAGCAGCAAAGCCAAAUAAGCUUUCCUCCACCCUAUGGACAGUGGGGGCAGUGGUAUGGAGGUGCCCAGCAAAUAGGCCAGUAUAUGCCCAAUGGUUGGCAGGUACCUGCAUAUGGAGUAUAUGGCCAAGCAUGGAAUCAGCAGGGAUUUAGUCAAACACCAUCAUCUGCAACAGCAUGGAUGGGACCAAAUUACAGUGUGCAACCUACCCCCGGGCAGAAUGGAACCUUGAUCACAAACCAAACGGGCUAUCGUAUGGCUGGAUACCAAACACAAUGAGCGGAAGGACUCGCACCCCAGCAGUCUGCUGCUGGCCCAUUUGUUUACUUUGAUACCAUUCUGUAAUCAUGUCAGUGCAGAUGUCAGAAACAGAAUAUUUAUUGAAACAGCAGAAAAUAACAUUUUUUUAAUCAUGACAUUAUCACCCACUCGGUUACAACACAAACUACAAAAAAAAAAAUAUACUAGAAAUGCUGGAUGUUUGCCAAUUUUUGCCUUCCUUUUUUCAUUCUUUUAAUUUUUUUAUAUGUAUAUGUAACUGUUACUUAACCCGAUCUCUCUUGAAGAGAACAGCCAAGCCUUGCUAGCCAGAUCUUUUUGGCAGUGAAAGGGUUAAGAUCCUUUUGAAAUAAUAAAAAUAUACAAUGCAGGGAUCACUGCCAUUUUGGGCAGCAAAUUGCACAAAGUCUAUUUUCUUUUUUCUUUCACUGAAGUAGUGUGCAGUUUUAGAGCGCAUUCCUAGUAUGAUUUGAGAUGUAUUAUAAAUUUACCUGUACAAAAUUUGUGACGCUGUGUUUGUGAAGGUUAUGUUUCUUUCUCCCUUCCAAUGAAGCCUUCAAUACGAGAAAAACACUUUCAUAUUGUUCAGAUUGUAUACACUGUCUAAAAUUCUCUACCCCUUUUUGUUUACAUUCAUGUUAAUAUUGACCAUUUUAAUAUUGCCCAUUUUAUUUUUAUUAUUUUGCCUUUAUAAAGUUGCUGAAUGAUUUUGAGGGCUUCGAUCACUCUCAGAUUGUACGUAUAAAACUUUUUCAUUAGGAAAACAAAAAUGUGACAUGAUCUGAGCCUGUAUGUGAAAACCAAUAUCUCCCAUGGUUCCAGUUCCAUGUUUUCUCCUUUUAUUUUAUUUUCUUUUUCUUAUUUUCUUUUUUUUUUUUUUUUUUUUUCUUCUGUUUUUUGCUGUCAAGAAGGUGCCUAGGAAAAAAUCCUCACUGGAUUUAUUUCUCAAGGAUUUUUAUCUUCUGUGAUAAACAAAAGUUGUUUGGAACGGACGGGAAGUAUUAUAUUCCUGUGUAAUUAAAUGACUUAAAAAAAAAAAAAAAAAGUGAAAUUCUUAAUUAA